AAUCAGCGCGGGGGUCGGCAGGCGCGGGUCAUUCUUGAAUUUCCACCGAGCUACUACUACGAGCCAUGAAGGGGACGUGCAACGCGGCCAUCUUCCUCAAGAAGACGUACGACAUGAUCGACACGGCGGCGCAUGGCGUCGCGGGCUGGUGCGCGGAUGGCAAGAGCUUUGUCAUCACAGACCCCAAGGCGUUUGCGUCGCUCGUGUUGCCCAAGUACUUCAAGCACAACAACUUUUCGAGCUUUGUGCGCCAGCUCAACUUUUACGGCUUCCGCAAGUCCAAGAAAGAGGUGCUCCUUGUCGCGAUGGAGACGGACGACGCCAAGAACUCGUGGGAGUUUUACCACGAGCUCUUCAUCCGCGGGAAGCCGCACUUGAUGGCCAAGAUCAAGCGCAAGACCAACUACAGCGACUGCGACCCGCUGCCCGACCGCGACGAAGUCGACGACCUCCGUCAACAAGUCGUGGAGCUCCAGACGCAGGUCGCGGCGCUCACGGGCAACAUCUCGCACCUCACGAGCAUGGUCGAAGCGAUCUACAAGGACAACCGCGGCGCCAAGCGGUCUUUUGAUGAAACGACCACGAUGCACCAUGCGCGCGUCGAACCGAUCCCGCUCAAGCAGCAGAAGCGCGUGACCAAGCAGGACCUCCUCCUCGAGUUCGAGUACCUCGAGAUGUUGCCGACCCAGUAUGAGUCGAGCUACCACCACCACCACCACAACAACAACAACAACAACAACAACAAGAUCAGCGACUACCGCGUUUCGCCACAGUCGACCGACGACAUGCUCUACGAAUGCUUGCUCAUGAAGCCGUGA